AUGAAGAAGGAGACGGGAGCGUGGCUGUGGCUGUGGCCUUUAGGGGGGAACUGGAAAGUUGCUCUUGAUUUGGAUGAAACUCUGGUAUGUGCUUAUGAGACUUCCAGUUUACCUGCCAUUGUUCGUAAUCAAGCUAUAGAUGCUGGAUUGAAUUGGUUUGAGCUAGAAUGUCUAUCUUUAGACAAGGAAAGUGAAGGCAAAACCAAAAUCAACUAUGUAAUAGUAUUCAAACGUCCUGGAUUGCACGGAUUUCUUACCCAACUCAGUUUAUUUGCUGAUCUUAUUCUAUUCACUGCAGGCCUUGAAGGUUAUGCUAAACCACUUGUUGACAGAAUAGAUGCUGAAAACAGAUUUAGUACUCGGAGACUUUAUCGCCCUUCAACAAGUUCCACGGAAUACAGAGAACAUGUGAAGGAUCUUUCUUGCAUAUCAAGAAACUUCUACAGAAUUGUGAUUGUUGACAACAAUCCAUUCAGUUUCUUAUUGCAACCAGUGAAUGGAAUCCCAUGCAUGCCUUUUUCUGUUGGACAACCACAUGAUAAUCAGCUUCUUGAUGUCAUUCUUCCACUUCUGAAGCAACUGUCUGAACAGGGUGAUGUAAGGCCUCUACUCUAUGAAAAGUUUCACAUGCCUGAAUGGUUUCAUAAACAUGGUAUCCCUAAUGGAUGGGUGGGAACACAUGGGUAAACUUGUCAUUUGUACAGAGUAGAAAAAGCUUUUUGAGGCACCUAAACAUGGUGGUAAUUUGUCGGAAGCACCACAUUUUGUAUAGUUUGUCUGUGUAACACUU